AUGGCAGAACAUCAGCAAGAGACAACAACCGGUAUCCAAACCGACGAUAUCGACCACGGCAAUGGUCAAUUGGAGGAAAACUACCGGGCCGUAACACAGGAAGAUCCCAGUGAAAGUCAUGCUGUCGAACCAACGGAAAGUGAAAAUUUAAUCGAUAUAUCGCCAUCAUUCCAAGAUGCUAAUACUAUAGAAGGUACAAACCACGCUCAAAGCCAAUUUAAUGACGGAGAAGAGAGACCUCUUACUGCAUCGGAUAUUACACUGCAAACAGAUAAUCAAGAAAUGCAAUCACAACCAACGGAAACCAUCAAAGAUUCACUAGAUCAACUUUUACUCCAGACUCAAGAUAACCUUGAGGAGAUCACGGAUAAUGAACAAGAAAAGCAAGCAAAAAUUGUCGUCUGGUUGAAGAAUUUAGAUCCUCGUUUCGUAAAAUUGAUUUAUUGGCAAGACUGGAAAGAAACUGGCGUUGUUUUCGCUUCAACGUUGAUACUUUUGCUUACCCUCAAAUUUAAUUCAUUGCUUAGCGUAUUAGCCUUCUUUGGAAUGGCAACAUUAUUGGUGACUUUUGCAUGCCGUGUUUUUAAUACUUUAAUGCAAGUUCUUCAUAAGAAACAAACGGAAAAUCCAUUCCAAAAUUUGUUAGACAAAGAAAUUAAAAUACCAAGGGAGUUCCUUUUGGACAUCGUUGAUAAAGUUCUACAAAGAUUAACUCCAAUUGCUGAAUAUUUACGCAAUUUAUUUUUAGUUGUUGAUAUCGUUGAAUCGUUGCAGUUUGGUAUCAGUUUAUGGUUGCUCUCUUGCAUUGGUAGCUGGUUUAGUGAUUUGACUAUAGUCAUCAUCGCGGUCACUCUCUUAUUUACUGCUCCUGUAAUUUACGAAAAUAAUCAGGCUCAGAUUGAUAUAUAUAUCAAUUUGGCUAAAACAGAAAUCAACAACGUUAUGGCACACGACUAUACGAUUAUGAGUACACAAGCCAUUGUCGUCGUUAUUUUGGGUGUGACUAAAUAA